AUGAGCCUCAUUGAGUCAGACUUCUCUGAUGAAGAGCAAGAGAUAGAAGAUGGAACAAAUGAGAGAGGUGAACAAUCUCUACAAAAACUACAAAUGGAGGAGAGUGAGAGUGAAGAGGAAGACGCCAAGCCAAAAAAGAGGACCAGACCAGUGAGGUCAAAGGCCAGGAGGGUGGCAGCCAAUGUCAGAGAAAGAAAGAGGAUUCUGGACUACAAUCAGGCCUUUAAUGCAUUACGACUGGUCCUUAAACAUGACUUGAGUGGAAAAAGGCUAUCUAAGAUAGCAACUUUGAAGAGAGCCAUCAAUAGGAUCUCUAGUCUGUCCAUGUUCCUGCAUUCAAGUUCAGAGCAAAAAUUGGCCUGCAACCACACCGAUUGCCAUCUGCAACAUGAAAGGCACAGACAGCCAGAGAUCAACGACGGCAGCCCUCAGGCCUACGUAACGCCGCCGCAGUCUCAUCAAGAUGUACACUCGGAGCCCAGCUAUGGGGAGGCUGCACAUCUUCAGCAAAGUAACUCUCCUUACUACACUAGACAUUCUCCUGAGGCCCCUUAUUUACAGUACCAAUAUGGAAGCCCAAUAGAGGAUCAUUCAAUGCUAAGCUCCCCUUAUUCUUACUAUGCACAUGGUGGCUAUAGCAUCGGAGUAAGGGGCACCUGCUUCCCUUAUCAGAUGGACAAUCUUUCAGAACAUUCAUCGGGGCCAUUUACAUGGCAACUUGGCCACUUACAAGGAUCCAGCUAUCAACAUUCACUCUCCAUGCACUGA